AUGCCUCAGUUGGAAGAGAUUGUCUCGACGGCCGGCGGGGCAGGCUCGCCGCCGCCGCUGUGGUUUCUGGUCUUCCUCGCCUUCGGCCUCCACGCCGUUGUUGUAUCCGCCGCGACCUUCCUCGCGUGGCUGUACCGCGCGUUCCUCCGGCGGGGGAAGGACCUGGGCCUGCGCUACGGCGCGUGGGCGGUGGUCACCGGCGCCACCGACGGCAUCGGCCGAGCGCUGGCGCUCGAGCUCGCGCGCAGGGGGCUCCACCUCGUCCUCAUCGGCCGCCGGAACCCCGCCAAGCUGUCCCGCGUCAGCAAGGAGGCGAAGGAUGCGGCGCCGUCCUGCAUGGUCAAGAGCGUGGUGUUCGACCUCGCCGGCGACGUGACGGAGCUGUCGCUGGGCGCGGCGAGGGUGGCGGUGGCCGUGAAGGGGCUCGACGUGGGCCUCCUGGUGAACAACGCCGGCGCGACGUACCCUUGCGCGGCCUACUUCCACGAGGUGGAGACCCCGGUGUGGGAGGCCGUGGUGCGGGUGAACGUGGAGGCGGCCACGCGGAUCUCGCGCGCCGUCGUGCCCGCGAUGGCGGGCAAGGGGAGGGGCGCCAUCGUCAACGUCGGGUCGGGGUCGUCCGUGGUGGUGCCGGCGUUCCCGCUCUACGCCGUGUACGUGGCAAGCAAAGCGUAUAUUGAUCAACUAUCUCGGAGUCUAAGCGUCGAAUACAAACAGUACGGAGUGGAUGUCCAAUGCCAGAUUCCUUUGUACGUGGCCACCAAGAUGUCGCCUGUUAAGGGCCACUCUCCGUUCAUACCAUCGCCCGAGGAGUACGUCAAAGCUGCCAUUCGCUGCAUUGGCUACGAGCCGAGAUGCGUCCCCUACUGGCGCCACUCCGUCCAGUGGUUCUUGGCGUCUCUGGCGCCAGACUCUGCUCUCAAUCUGUGGCGUGUCCGGGUUGGUGUCCGCAAGAGAAAUGAGAUGAGAGCUCUGCUCGGAGAGAAGGAACUCAGCUGA